AUGUCAAACAUUCUUAAAAAUUCUACAGCGACUGUGAAACUAAACACUGGUGCGACAAUUCCACUUUUGGGACUCGGAACGUGGAGAUCGACGGAGGAGGAGGCUUACAACGCAGUGUUGUCUGCAAUUAAAGAUGGUUAUCGUCACAUUGACUCAGCAGCUAUUUACGGCAAUGAGGCUCCUGUCGGAAGGGCUAUUCGUGAUUCAGGAGUGCCACGGGAGGAAUUGUUCGUUACCACCAAAUUGUGGGGGACUCAACAUCGGGACCCCAAAUUUGCCCUCCAAGAAUCAUUGAAAAGACUAGGUCUGGAUUAUGUGGACCUGUAUUUGAUGCAUUGGCCUGUGGCUCUGAAAACUGCUAACAUCAAGGAUGGAAAUUAUUUGACAUUCCCAAUUGCUCCCAAUGGGAAGCGAGACGUUGACCUAGAUGACUGGAAUUUCAUAAAAACAUGGGAACUGCUACAAGAGCUUCCAGCGACAGGCAAGACUAAGGCCGUAGGAGUAUCUAACUUUUCUGUCAACAACCUGAAGGACUUGCUCGCUUCGCCUACAACAAAGGUAGUACCUGCGGCAAAUCAAGUGGAGCUUCACCCCUAUUUGCCUCAAGAGGAGCUUGUGAAAUUCUGUGAAGGCAAGGGAAUUGUUAUUGAGGCCUAUUCUCCACUCGGCUCUAACGGAUCUCCUCUCCUUAAGGAUCCCGUUGUCAUUAAGAUUGCCGAGAAGUAUGGCGUCGAACCUGCCCAGGUUCUGAUCAACUGGGGAUUAAAGAGGGGAUAUGUUAUCCUACCUAAGUCUGUAACUCCUUCAAGAAUUGCUUCAAACUUCAAGGUCUUUGAGCUUUCUGAUGAAGAUUUCGAGAAAAUCAACAACAUCUCAAAAGAGAAUGGUAUUAAAAGAUUUGUCGAUCCUGACUGGGAAGGCUUUGAAACGUUUGUAUAG